AUGUCCCUUUCUUUACAUUUCUUGAACGGGUCUGGAGAUAGCAAUGGAUCUUUGCCGCCUCUCUCACUAACAGGAGAACCCAAGCAGGACUACCCAAGUGACGAACAAGGAAACAAAGUGCGCUGGGCAGCUUUACUGAUCUUCCUGGUGAUAAUCCCCACCAUUGGGGGGAACAUACUGGUCAUACUGGCAGUGUCUCUGGAGAAAAAAUUGCAAUAUGCUACCAACUACUUUUUGAUGUCCUUGGCUGUGGCAGAUUUGCUCGUGGGUCUGUUUGUGAUGCCAAUUGGCCUUCUCUUAGUAUUAUUUGAUAAUGCCUGGCCUUUACCAACUGCCUUGUGUCCUAUUUGGCUGUUCCUUGAUGUCCUGUUUUCCACUGCUUCCAUCAUGCAUCUCUGUGCCAUCUCCCUAGACCGCUACAUUGCGAUUAAAAAGCCAAUCCAGGCUAGUCAGUACAAUUCAUGGGCUACAACAAUCAUCAAAAUCACCGUAGUUUGGCUCAUUUCAAUAGGCAUUGCUAUUCCAAUCCCUAUCAGAGGCAUUGAAGACGGAAAUGGCAACUCUAAAAACAUCACCUGUGUCCUGACGCCUGAUCGUUUUCACGACUUCAUUCUGUACGGAUCAGUGGCUGCGUUCUUCAUUCCCCUCGCCAUCAUGAUAGUCACUUAUCUCCUGACAAUCCAAGUGCUCCGCAAGAAGGCCUACUUGAUCAACAAACCACCUCAGCGUUUCACUUGGUCAACAGUGUCCACCGUAUUUCAGCGCGACACAACUCCUGCCUCCUCGCCUGAAAAAGUGGCCAUGCUAAAUGGCUCCAAAAAGGACAAGACUUUGUCCAGUGACAUGCCUAUCUGCAGAACGUCUACCAUAGGAAGGAAGUCCAUGCAAACCAUAACCAAUGAACAAAGGGCCUCAAAAGUUCUGGGGAUUGUAUUCUUUCUUUUCUUGUUGAUGUGGUGCCCAUUCUUCAUUACAAACAUAAGUUCGGUUCUGUGCAACUCCUGUGACCAGGAGGUUUUUCAAAAGCUUAUGGAGAUAUUUGUUUGGAUAGGAUAUGUGUCCUCAGGAGUGAACCCUCUUGUCUAUACACUUUUCAACAAAACAUUCAGGGAGGCUUUCAGCAGGUAUAUGACUUGUAACUAUCGAACCACAAAGCCCAUCAGGGCCCUUCGGAAGCGCUCCAGCAGGAUCUCUUUCAGAAGCUCUGUGGCAGAAAACUCCAAGCUCUUUGUCAUGCAUGGGAUGAGAAAUGGAAUUAACCCCAUUAUGUACCAGAGCCCAAUGAGGCUGAGGAGCUCACCCAUCCAAGCAUCGUCAGCCAUUCUGCUGGACACAUUGCUGCUCACAGAGAAUGAAGUUGAUAAAACAGAAGAACAAGUCAGCUAUGUAUAG